AGUCAAUUUCAGAUAAUGAGUCUGCUCGGAAGAGGGAAGCGGUUCCAAUUUCAAACAAAAACAAGUCUCUAUAUACAGAGGAUUAGGACGGUUGGAAUAACGGGAUUUUUAUAAAAACCUACGAAAAUUACAAUUGAUAGGUGCAGCUUGUAACCACACUCUGCAAAGCACUAGACCGCGCAAAGUUACCAAUUCGAUUGCGUCCACUAUCCAAUUUUCUACGCGUGGUUGAAUUUUGACGCGAAAACCUAAAGCAACCGAAAGUUGGAGCUGCUAACCUAACAAGUGCAAUCCUCUAGGUUGCUAUAUUUCGUUGUACUUUCAACAGUAAACCGACGUUGUACAUUUUUAUAUAUAUUUUUUAAAAAUCUUAUUCAUCCACUGAGAAGCCAUGCCGAGGUCGAAUAGGCAAAAAGAAUAUAAGCCUGGGGAUCUCGUGUUUGCGAAAAUGAAGGGUUAUCCACAUUGGCCCGCGAGGAUUAACGAGUUACCCGAAGGAGUGGUCAAGUCCCCCUCCAACAAGUACCAAGUGUUCUUCUUUGGGACACAUGAGACGGCAUUCCUGGGUCCCAAGGACCUGUUCCCUUAUGAGGAGGGCAAGGAGAAGUUUGGCAAGCCCACCAAGAGGAAAGGCUUCAGCGAGGGUCUCUGGGAAAUUGAGAACAACCCUACAGUGAUACACGAACCCGCAGGCUAUGAGCCAGCAAAGAAGGAGACUCCAGCAGAAGGGGCGGUGGAAGCAGGAGGGGCACAAAAGGGGGAUGCAGAAGGAAGCAGUGACGAGGACGAAGGGACCCUCGUCAUCGAUGAGAAGAAUGACAAGGGAGUGGCCAAGAGGAAAGCUGGGGGUUCCAGCGAGAGCUCUCCUAAACGACCUAAGGACACAGAGGGCAAAGGUGACACGAAGGUGGAUAGUAAGAAGUCUGACACUGAGCUGAAGCUUAAUGACAAGGCAGGGCAUAAGCCCACUGAGCUGUCUUCCGCGCCGGGUGAAUCAAAGCCAGAGGGCCAGGCAAAACCACCGACCGAGGGCCAACUAACAUCAGAGAAGCCUGUGAUGGACAGUGCUUAACAUCAAGCCUCCGAGGAUGACCAAGAACCCUUGGUUCUUCUCUGUGGAAUUUGGGGCGUCAACAUACAGUAAUUAGCUAAUCUUUAAAUGCUAGGUUUCUGCUGUUUAAGUAACUGGAAAGUGUUAAGACCUAUAUAGAAUUUGUACUUGCUAUAUAUCUAUAGAUAUAUAUUGAAAGGCAAAAAACCUUACUUGCCAGUUGGGGAUAUUGUAUAUCCCAGGAUUGAAAUUGUCAAGUCAAACCAAUAGUGAUGAGAAAUUCAAGGCUCAAGAGGAAAUGUGUUUCGGAUGUAUAAUUUCUAUUUUUUUUGUCCAAUUAUGAUGUCUGGCUGCUAAUUGUCAAAUGCAUUACAGUUUAGAGAGUACACAUACGCGGCGGUUUCUUUAACAAGAAUCUGAACAUAAGCAAAUGAAUACAAAAACAAAACAAUUUUGGGGAAAUCUAGUAAACAUUACAUUCAUAAUUCAUUUCCAUUUGACAUAGAAAUCCGGUUUUUGAAUACGUUUUUAGUUUUGAGGGUUGUUGGUGUUAGAAGACUUGAUAGCUUUUUGCUAUGUCGUUGUGCUUUAUAAAAAUAUGUGUUCUUGGCUUUAAGGUGUAUACAUAAUA